AUGAAGGGGAAACUUUCAAAGGUUUAUAAAAUUAUAACAGAAGAAAAAAAUUUUAUAGAAACAUUAGUGCACUGUCCCGAAGAACAACUUAAAAAUAUUUUAUUAAAGUUUAAGGAAUGGCCAUUUGGCAAAACAGAUGAUUUCAAUCAUUGGGUUGAUGUUUUAGAAAGAUUUGAUUCUAUAAUAGGAAAAAUAGUUACAAAAUACCAUCCAACACCAUCAUCCUCAGGAAAGUCGACAAACCCAAUAUCAUCAGCAGCAUCAUCAUCAACAUCAUCAUCUUCAUCAUCAGCAUCAUCAUCUAAUACAACAUUAUCAACAUCAUCCUCAAGUAAUACAUCACCACCAUGUAUAUUAAAUGUCGAUAAUAACCCAGAUUUUCCAAAUGAUAAAGAGUUUAUUAUUUUAAUUAUAAAGUUCACAAGGUCUCUUCUUAGAAAUUGUAUUAAUAGUAACCUUUUUAAUUCCUCGGAUGAACUAAAUUCAUUAUUUACAUUCCCAGAUUAUGAUAUUUUAAUUGAGUUGUUUAAAUUUUUUAAUGUUUUAUUUAGUAAAAAGAAAUUUGUAAAAGAUAAUUCAUCAUUCAUUCAAACUAUUAUUCCUAAAUUAUCUAUAAUUUCAAGUGGAUUUAAUGAAGAUCAUUUACAUCCACUUUCACUUUGUAAAGAGGACACAAAAAUACCAGAAUCAUUAAAUUCAUUUAAUUUUGAAUUUUACAAAUCAAAAUCAAAAACUACUGUAAAUACUAAAUCAACAACAACAACAACAACAACAACAACAACACCAUCUUCAACAUCACCACCAACAUCAAAUAUAAAUAUAAAUUCAAAAUCAAUAUUUUUUGAAAAGAUAACAGUAUCAACAAUUGAAGAAAGUGGUAAAGUUAUAAUUAGAUUAUUUGAUAUUGAUAAGAUUAAUGCAACACCAUAUGAGAUUGCAAGCAAAUUGAUUCAAGAUUAUGGUAUUCCAGAGGAGGAUCAAUACUUUGUACAUUUUAGAAUUGGUUUAUUAAAGGGAUUACCAAACUAUGAAUAUAGAAAGAAAUAUAUGCAAUUGAGAUUAGUAGCAACUAAUACUCUCUAUCAUCAAUCAUUGAUAAACUUUGCAUCCAAUUCAACAAACUACAACUUUGGAGGAACACAAGACACCGAAUACUUGGGUGAAUUGAUGGAGUUAUUAAAAAACUAUACUAUAGUUCCAGAACCAAUUUUAGUAGCUAGCAUCUAUACUAUGGCAGCAUUGGCAAGUACCACACCAACCAGUAGUUUAACAUUACUUUUACAAAGAUCAUUCUCAUCGGGUUUCUUUUCAAGUGUAAUUAGAAAAUGUGUUGCAGUGAUCACUGGUACCAGUCAAGAUCCAUUAAUCACCGAGUCUUUCAUUAAUGCAAUGUUUUAUUUUGUAUUCAAACUCUCAAAUAAAGCUUUACUUCACGAGAACAUUGUAUUCCAAUCAUUACUUCCAUUGAUAAAGAAUCAUACAACCAAUAUAUAUCAUCUUAGAUUCCAAAUCAAUGCUCUUCAAAUUAUUCAAUCACUUUUCUUGGUUAAAUUAAAUAAUAUUGAAUUGUUUAGUGAACAAGGUUAUCUUCAAGAUCUAAUUGCUUCAAUAUCAGAGGAAGUUGAUUUCAUCAUAAAUUAUAAAAAACCUGAAGAGACUAAAGAUGAUUUAGUUGUUGAAAAUACUUAUUUUUCAAAGAAAUCAUCAUCAUCAACCAAUAUUAGUGAUGAAUCAAAGAAAAAGAAACCUUUAGUUCAUAGUGGUAGUAGUAGUAAUAUUUUAAACAAAAAAGAAGAUAAAGAUUUAUUGCAACUCACCACCAACACCAACACCAUCACAACUUCAACCACUGAACAACAAUUAAUUGAUUCAACAACCAAAAAAGAAUAUAAAUUUGAUGAAAAUAUUUUAAAUGACGAAUUUUAUUUAAAACUUUUAUACCAUAAAUCAACAUUAUUAUUGGGAUUGAUGAAUUGUUUAUUACCAAUUUCGGGUACAGCUGUAAUACCAAGAGCAUUAUUGAAUCAAAUUGUUGAUAGCCCAAUCCAUCAAGUUUUGAAAUCAAUUUUUUCACACUACGAAUCAUUUAUACCAGCAAUCAUUGCCGAUUGUUUCAUUAUUCCAACCAAUUUAAUUCAAAAUGAACCAACUUGUUUCACUGCAAUCAAUAAUACUGGUCUCAUUGAUAUGAUAUUCGAUUUCAUUUUGAAUAAAGAGAUUCCUCACGAGAUACUUUACAUCAUUCCAGAGACACUCAAUGCAUUUUGUUUAAACUCUGCUUUUAAAACCAAAGUUUCAGAAAGUGGUCUCAUUAGAAAGUUUUUAAAAACCUUGGUUAAUCCAAAGAAUGUAAACUCUUUAAAUAUUCGUACAUUAAAUUCAAUUGGAAAUGGAUUGGAUGAAUUGGUUAGACAUCACCCAGAAUUAAAAAUUCCAACUAUUAAAGAAAUCAUUUCAUUAUUGGAUGAUGUAAUUGCAAUGACUCCUCCAAAAGAACCAAAAUCAUCACCAUCAUCAUCAACAGCUGCUUUGGAGAAAUCAACUCACAAUCAAAUGUUUUUAUUGAUCAAUAAAUUUAUUACAUUAUUCUUUUCAAAUGGUGAACAUGAUAAGAUUUUCAUUCAAGAAGGUGGUUUAGAGAAAUUAUUAGAUAUCUACACUAGUUCUCAAUUCAUUUGUAAGGAUCUCAUGAUUUUCAAAUCUUUAAGUAUCGAUAAUACUCCAACCGUACUCAGAUCAAUCAUUAAGGUUUUAAAUAAUCAUUUCACCACUUUGGAUGUACUUUGUGAAUGGAGAACCUCUAGAAUCAUUAGAGACUGGGUACCAGAGGAAUUGGCUUGCCGUGACGAUAUUCAAAGUACAAUCGAUGUUAUUAAAUCAUUGGUACUUAUUCUCACUAGUUUAGUACGUGAAAAUCCACCAGAUAUUCCACUUCCAGUUUUAGAUGAAUGGUCAAAAGAAGAUGGACUCUCUGUUUAUUCUUCACUUUGUGCACUUCAAAAAGCAUUCUAUUGGGAAUUUUCUUGUGGUGAAAAUUCAGUAUUUUGUUUACCUAAUCCAUUAAAUAAACCAUCAUCAUCAUCAUCAUCAUCAACAACAACAACAACAACAACUAAUGAAUCACCAACAAACAAACAUAUUAGUUCAUCAUCAUCAUCAUCAUCAUCAUCAACAACAUCAUCAACUAAUAAUAAUAAUGAAACAUCAAAUAAUGAAAAUACAACAACAACAACAACAACAACAACAACAACAACAACAACAGCAACAACUACAACAACAGUAACUCAACCACCAUUAGAUUUAAAUCUAUUUUUAAAUUCUAGUUUAUUAACAAAUUUAGAAGAUUUAUCAAGAUACUUUUUUGAAACUAUAAAUUCAUUAAACAAAAGGGAUGGUUUAAAUUAUGAAACAAAGACAGAGUUAUUAACAAAGAAUAUUUCAAAGAAUUUAGUUGGUUGGAUUCAAUGGAAACCAGAGGAAUCAGAUCCAUGCGCCAAAACACAAUAUUACGUUUACAUUUCAAAGGUUUUAACAAAUAAUUCUACAUUAUUGUUCCCUCAAUUAAUCAAUGGUUUAUAUGAUGUUGGUUAUUUUGAUACAUUCUUUGGUAUAUUGUCCGAUUUAACUGAUCGUUAUAUUGAAUGCAUACCCAAUGGAAAUUUAGAUGCUUUCAAAUAUUCACAACCUUUAACUCAAUGUGGUUCACUCUUACGUCAAGCCAUUUUUCAAUUAACCUCAAGUAAGAGUAUGAACGGUGGAACAUUGCCAUCAUUGAAAUCAAUCUCUGAAAAGAUUAUUCCAAAUUUGGUAUUCAAUUUACAAAACUAUUGGAACCAUCCUCAACUUUCAGAUCUUCCUUAUGCCAAGAAUUUAUUAGAUUGUGUACAUGAUGUUUUCCUCAAAUAUGAUGGUGUUGCUCAACAACAAACACAACAACAACAAGAUCCAUCUAAAAAAUCAUCUAUUCAAUCUCCACCUUCUAGACCAACCUUUGUUCCAAAUGAAAACUCUAUAAAUACCCUCAUGGAUAUGGGUUUUAUUAGAGAACAUAUUGAAACUGCCAUGCAAUCAUUACAAUCAAAUAAUGUUGAUAAUAUUACCGAUUGGAUGUUAAGUAAUCCAUACAUUCCAGAGGAUGAAGAAAAGAAAGCCAAAGAAAAAGCAGAAAAAGCAGAAAAGGCAGAAAAAGAGAGAUUAGAAAAGGAAAAAGCAGAAAAAGAAAAACAAAAUUCAAUUACUUCACUACUCAAUGGUUUACGUCCAACCUUAUUUGAUCGUACUCUCUCCAUUUUAUUAAAUGUAAAAGGUCAUUCUUCAAAUGAAUUGGAUUCUAUUUUCAAAAUGUUUCACUUUAUUAUAAAGGAUGGUAACAUUAGCGAAACAAAAGAAAUCAUUGCAAAUCGUUUGAUCCAAGAGGUCCAAACUCAUUUGGUCGAAGAAAAACUUAAAUUCUUUUCAUUUAAAACAAAAAGUUUAUUCUUUAUAAUUCAAAAAUUAAAUGAAUCACCAGAAAUUAGUGGUUUAUUUGUUGAAAAAGGUUUAUUAGCUUUGGUCAUUAAAGUCAUUUCAAAUUUAUUAAAAGAUCAUUUGGUUAGAAAUGAUGAUUCAAUUCAAAUUUCUGUUACUCCUUUAGAUUCUUCAACUACCACCACCACCACCACUACUACAUCCACCAAUGAUGAUAAAAUAUCAACUUCAACAACACCAUCAAAACGACCUAAAUCACCAACUACAACAUCUGAAUCAAUUUUAAUUUAUUUGAAUGGAUUAUUAUCGAUUACAUAUGACCUUUCAAAGAAACAAUUGAUUAAACCAACCAAUAACUUUGAUUUUGAGGCAGAAGAAAAGAAACUACAAAAACAACAAGAGGAAGAACAAGAUAGAUGUUCACCAACAGACACUACAUUGAUUGAUAUUUGUUUAGGAUUAUUGAAACCUUCACCAAGUAUAAUCGAUGGAUCAUUAUUGAAAUUAAUCUCUGAACUCACUAAAAACUAUGCUAUUGCAAACUAUUUUAUGAAGAAUCAAGGUAUGCUUCUCUUACAAGCCAAAAAUACCAAGUCUUCAAUGUUAAAAGAGAAUACAAUCUAUGUGAUCAAUAUUUUCAAACAGCUUUUGGAUGAUAAUAAAACCGUUUACAACACUAUGCAAUCAAAUAUUCGUCAUACAAUUAAUAAUAAGGGUGUUUCAAAAGGUAUUCCAACUAAAACUUUAUUGGGUUUACUCUCUAAAGAUGUUUCAAAGAAUCCAAUCACUUUUUUAAAGGCUUGUUCAGAAAUUUGUCGUAUUCAUACCAAUUCAAACUCUGUCUAUUUGUCUGCACAAGCAAAUGAAAUCUUUGAAAAGAAUGUUAGUUCUUGUGAAUUAAAAGAUUUUCCACAUUUCCAACAACUCUCAAACUUUUUAAUUAAAUCAUUAUUAAUUAAAGAUGAAACACCAAUUUCAACAACUUCAUCUAUAUCUACUACUACCAACACCAACACCAACACCAACACCAACACCAACACCAACACCAACACCAACACCAACACCAACACCAACACCAACACCAACACCAACACCACCAAUAAUACACCAACACCAGCACAAUUAUCAAAAGAAUUAAGAAAAUCUUCAUCUUUGAAAAGUAUAACAAGUGUAGCAGCAGCAUUGGCAGCCGAUCAACAACUUCAAGAUAAAACAUCAAAUAUCUUGAGCAAAGCAAAUAUAUUGAGGUUGUUAGAGGAAUUAUUAAUUCAAUACCCAUUGUUCCAACAAACCAUUUUAAAUUAUCAAGGUGUUAAUUUGGUUCAAUACGUUUUUGAACAUUUCUUACCAUGUACCUCAUUGACUGCUGAAGAGAAAGCAAGUGGUGAAUUAUUUAAUGCAACUCAUCAAGCUGCUUCAAGAUUCUUGGUUUCUUUGUGUUCAACCGAAGAUGGUCGUGAAAAAGUUUUCUCUGCGAUCGCUGAACAUUUGAAAUUAUCAAUCGCUGAAUAUUCAUCACAAAAUGUGGCCAACAAAAAGAUACCAUACAAUAAGAUGGUAUCCAUUAGUAAUUUGGUUUCAUUAUUAUUGAAUUUCCCACCACAUUCACUCUCAAGCGAAUUCAAUCAACUUAUGAUCAAUAACGAUAUGAUCAAUAUUUUAUUGGAGUUAUUAAAUCUUGUUGACGUUGGUAGUUCACGUGCAUCACAAAUGAUCAAUUCAUUAUUACAAACUAUUGGACACCUCACAAAAUUCUCUUCACUUCCAAAACCAACCACAGAGGAAGAUUCCACCAGAACCAAUAUGUUCCAACUUCCAUAUCAAGCAUAUGAUGGUUUCUUUAGAGCCACCAGAGAUUUCCAAACAAAUGCCACCUCUUUCAAUGGUGGUGGUCCACCUGGAACAAUUGAAUUCGAUUCAGAAUUUGAAAAUGAUAUGCAUCACUCCAAUUCAAUUGGUGUUGGUUCUCGUAGAUUAGAUUUCAGUUCCGAUAGUGAAGAUGAAGUCAUUGAAAUGGAUGAAGAUGACGAAGACGAUGAUGAAGAUGAUGACGAUGAGGACGAUAGUGAUGGUGAAGAUGGUGAAGACAUUGAAAUGGUUAUUGAAAAUGGUAUGGAUGGUCAAAUUGAUGAUGCAAUCAUCAAUGAUGAACAAGAUUCUGAUGACGAAGAAGAGGAAGUUGAAAAUACCAAUGAUAGUGAUGGAAGUUCAUCAUCCUCUGAAGAUGAUCAAAAUGAUGUCGAUGAUGAUGAUGACGAUGACGAUGAUGAUGACGAUGAUGAUGAAGAGGAUGAUGAUAGUAACAAUGAAGAUAAUCUACAAAGAGGAAGACAAUUCGCUCAAAUCGAUCACAUUAAUCAUAUUCAACAUCAAAAUCAUCAUCACCACCCUCAACAACAACAACACCAUCAACAACAACAACACCACCUCAUCAAUCAUUUCCGUGGUGCUCAUCAAAAUUUCAAUCCAAUGAUGGAACAAGCCUUCUUGGGUGGAGAUCGUCGUCUUGCUAUGCCACAAGGUGGUUCAGAUGCAAAUCUUAGAAAUUGGAUAGGUGAAAAUGUUGAAAGAAAUCUUUCAAAUAUUCUCGUUGCUCUUGGUCAAAAUGAAGGUCGUAUCGAGGAUCUUAUUAGAUCCGAUCCAGGUCAAUUGACAAGAAACUUGGAAAGAUUUGAACAAAUGAUAAUGAAUUUCGAUCUUCGUUCCAAUGCAAGAUUGAGACUUGGUAGAGAUGGAAAUCUUUACUCCUUUGAUUUCAAUCGUUUAAAGAAUGACACUGAUGAAUCAGUCGCCUAUGCUCAAUCAUUUGAAUUAAUACUCAUUAAAAUUUUAACUACAAUCACCAAAGAGGAAGAAGCAGCUCAAAAAGCAAAAGAAAAAGCUGAAAAAGAGAAAUUAAAAGAAGAGUUGAGAGCAAAAGAAAAAGCUGAAAAAGAAAAAUUAAAAGAAUUAAAGAGACAACAAAAAGAAAAGGAAGAAAAAGAAAGAGCUGAAAAAGUUGAAAUAACUACAACAGAGACAAAAAUAGAUUCAAUAACAGAUUCAAUAGCAGCAACAACUACCACUUCACCAACAACAAAUGAUGUUUCAACUACUUCUACACCAACAACUCCAAAGACUGUUACAAACUCUCCUACAAUUACAGCAGCAGUAAAUGAUCCAUUACCAAUCGAACCACUCACUAUUGAACCUUUAGUUACAAGUCCACCAAUUCAACAAAGUUCUACAGAAGUAAAUACACCACUACCAACUACUACUUCUAAUGAAUCAACUAAUAAGUCAACUAAUGAGUCAACUACUACUACUACUUCUAAUGAAUCAACUAGUGAGUCAACUAAUGAGUCAACUACUACCACUAAUAAUAAUGAAAAUGCACCACUUGAAGAAUCUGGUACAUCAACUUCAUCAAUCACCGAAACUACAAAUUUACCACCAACUACUACAACUACAACCACCCCACCACCAGCAACUACAACAACAACUACAUCACCAACAGUUGAAUCUGAAGCAUCAAGUUCAACAACUACAAGUUCAACAACCACCUCCUCCACCACCACUACUACCACAUCAACUAAUCCACCAACAACCCAAGCUCCACCAGCACCAAUUAAUGUUGAUUUAGGUAUUGAUCCAACAUUUUUAGCAGCAUUACCAGCAGAAUUAAGAGCAGAGGUAUUGUCAACUCAAUUGACAUCAAUUCACCAAUCAAACACUGGUGAUGGUCCAAUUACAAUCAAUCCAGAGUUUUUAAGCGCUUUACCAUUGGAGAUUCAAAACGAAGUUUUAGAACAAGAAAGAAUUAUCUCUGAACGUAGGGCAUCACAAGCAGCUAGAAAUGUAGCAAGAGUAUCAGUCAAUCCAACAGAUUUGGUUCAAGAUAUGGAUAAUGCAUCUUUCCUUGCAACACUUCCACCAGAUCUUAGAGAGGAGGUUUUAAUGAGUCAACCAGAAGCAUUCCUUCAAACCUUACCACCAGAACUUCACGCAGAAGCAGUAAGAUUACGUGAAACACAUCCACCAAGAUUUGAGUUUAGAUCAAGUAUCCCUGAUAGUUUCAAUCGUAUUCCAUCACCACGUAGAAUCCUCAAAGAGGUUGCAAAACCAAAGAAAGUCAAUCAAGCUGGUAGUUUGGUUAAAAAAGAGAAUUUAUUAGCACUCAUUAAAAUCCUACACUUUGAUCAAUCCAUCAAUAGACAACAAUUAAAUAGUAUUCUCGUUCAAAUUUGCACAUUUUCUGAUAAUCGUGAAGAGUUGUUAUGUUAUAUCCUUCAAAUUUUAACCGGUUACCAAUCAAUUGUUUCUCAACAACCCCAAAGAAAAACCGCUGAAUCUGAUAAAUUCUCACCAAUCACUGAUCCAUGUCACCCAUUAAUGAGAUUCCGUAUGUUUAGAUCAUUCGAAGUGACAAAUCAUCCACCAUUAUUGGUCGUUAAGAGAUUAUUGGAUAUUCUUCAAAGUUUAACCACAGGUAAUAGUUUAACCGUCAAUUGGAUGUUAACUCCUCAACCAAUCGUACCUUCCACUCAAUCACAAAAUAGUCAUGGAAAAGAGAAAGAUGAUGGAUCUGGUUCAACAAGUCCAUCCCUCGAAAAGGCCUGUCCACUUUGGAAAUUAUGUGAUGCAUUGAAUGAUAAAAACAUCUUUUCAAAAUCUUUACUCCUUGAAAGAUUGAUCUCAAUUCUCUUGUUGAUUGUCGAUUCUACAAGCACUGAAAAACCAAAGAUUCCACUCAUUCCAAGCCAACAAGUAGAAAGUUUAAUCAAUACAUUGUUAGCUGGUAAUCCAAAGAUUGGUAGUUUGUUGGUUACCAUUGCCGUUAGUUGUGAUGAAAAUAGACAAAUCAUCUUGGAUCAAUUAAAUACAAAUGCUAAAAGAUUAACAAAAGAUGUAAUUAACAAUUUGGAAUCAAUGAAACAGAUCUUUAAUGAUACUGAUGUAUCACCUCAAAACUAUCUUCCUUCUUCAACAAAAGAAAAUAAUUUCUUAAGAGUUUUACAAACUAUUCAAUCAAUUUUAAAUCCAAAGAAACCUGAUCCAAUUAUUGAACAACAACAACAACAACAACAACAACAACAACAACAACAACAACAACAACAACAACAACAACAACAACAACAAUCUCCAUCUUCUACAGCUGCUAACUCAAUCACUUCACCUGCAGCUUCUACAACUACACCUAUAACAGAAAGUGCAACUACAGAAACUACACCAAGUACUACAACACCAUCAACUUCAAAUACUACACCAACCACCACCACUACAACAACUACAACAAACACAAAGAAAGAACAACCAUCAAUGACAUUAGGAGAAUACUUUUCAAAUAAUCAUGAAUUAGAUAUACUUUGGGGAUCAAUUAAAUCAUUCCUUACAUUGUUUAGUUUAGAAAAGGAAGAAAAAGAACCAAUAACCAAACUUAAACUUACAAGCAAAAAGAAAGCAGGAUCCAAUCCAAUGAAUUCAUUAUUAUUACCAUUGGUUGAAAUUUAUUUCCUUGUAAAUUCUCCAACCUCUGAGAUGUUAUCAUCCACUAUGAUUCCAUCAUCACCAAGUCUUGCAGGAUUAAAACUUAGUUCAUCAGUUGGUAAUGGUUUGUCUGCAAGUACUAGCAAUGGUAAUUUGGCAGGAACUCCACCAAUAAUGGAUUAUAAUACAAGUAGAUUCUUUGAAUUUGUAGAACAAAAUAAACAUUUGAUCAAUGAUCUCGUUCGUCAAGAUAAUUCAUUGUUAUCGGAAUCAUUAGCAGUAUUAAUUAAAACUCCUAGAUUCUUAGAUUUUGAUAAUAAGAGAACUUACUUUAGAAACUACUUCCAAUCAAAGAAAGAGAGAUCAAGUACAAUUCGUCUAAAAGUUCGUAGAAAUCAUAUAUUUGAGGACAGUUACAAUCAACUUAGAAUGCGUCCAGCCGAAGAACUCAAAGGUAAACUCAAUAUUCAAUUCUCUGGUGAAGAAGGUCUUGAUGCUGGUGGUUUAUUACGUGAAUGGUAUCUCGUUUUAUCAAGAGAGAUGUUUAAUCCUGGUUAUGCUCUCUUUAAACAAUCUGCCUCUGAUAAUGUAACUUUCCAACCAAAUCCAGAAUCUUACAUCAAUCCAGAUCAUUUAUCUUACUUUAAAUUCAUUGGAAGAAUCAUUGGUAAGGCAUUGUAUGAUGGUUUGAUGCUGGAUGCUUUCUUCACUAGAAGUUUCUAUAAACAUAUGUUGGGUCUCACAAUCAAUGUUAGCGAUAUGGAGGCAAUUGACCCAACUUAUCAUAAGAAUCUUUUAUGGAUUCUUGAUAAUGAUAUCACCAAUGUCAUGGAACUCACAUUUAGUACAGAGAUCGAUAUUUUCGAUUCCAUGAAAGUUAUCGAAUUGAAACCAAAUGGUGCAAACAUUCCUGUCACUGAAGAUAAUAAAUUAGAAUAUGUUCGUUUGGUUGCUUCCGUUAGAAUGACAAACUCAAUCAAGGAUCAAAUCAAUAGCUUCUUAGAAGGUUUCCACGAACUCAUUCCAAAAUCAUUGAUUGGUAUUUUCAAUGAAAUGGAGUUGGAAUUAUUGAUCAGUGGUCUUCCAGAGAUUGAUAUCGAUGAUCUUCGUGCAAACACUGAAUAUAGUGGUUACUCUUCCGAUUCUCAACAAAUCCUUUGGUUCUGGAAUACUGUUUCAAACUUUUCAAAUGAAGAAAAAGCUUCACUCUUACAAUUUGUCACUGGUACAAGUAAAGUACCUUUGGAAGGUUUCAAAGCUUUAGGUGGUAUGGGAGGCCCUCAAAAAUUCCAAAUUCAUAGAAUCAGAGGUAAUGCUCACAGAUUACCAACCGCUCACACAUGUUUCAAUCAAUUGGAUAUACCAGAAUAUGAAUCUCAAGAACAAUUGAAAAAAUUAUUAAAAAUUGCAAUUGGUGAAGCUUCAGAAGGUUUUGGUUUUGUAUAG